AAUUCAAAAUAAUGUUCACAUCAACACUGGCACCAAUGGUGCUGGCUCUACUUGAAAACGAUACAUCAAUUAUAGCAACUACCCAAUCUUCAAUGAGCCCCGAAAUUCUAGAAUAUAUAAAAUUUGCAAAGGGAAUCUACCAGUGGCUGGUUCCUUUAACAAUCGUAAUUCUACUCGUUGCAAUUCUGGGAAAUGGCCUAAUCGUUCUUUCAUCUCCAUGGCUCUCUUCCCCGGUUUCCCCAUAUUUAAAGUUAUGUAUAUCCCUUGCUGCAGCUGAUAUGUGGGCCGCAACAUUACUUAUAAGCGGAUUAAUAGUGAAUUCGUAUCUACCUGUAGUUACUGGAUACAAGAAAACGUCAUUAUGCUUUGAUGCUCUUUUGGAAAUGUUUAGGAUAUCCGGAAUGUUGACUUCUGAUAUGCAUUUAUUUGCUCUCGCAAUUAAUCAAUUUCUUGGAACUAUGUAUCCAUUAAAAUAUAAGAUAAUGGUGACAACUCGUCGUCUUCGAUACAUCGUUUUCUGUCUCUGGUUUGUUCCAUUAUUAUUUGUAUUUGGAUGGUUUGUGGCGAAGGAAGAUGAUGGUCUGCGACACGCGAAUUGUAGUUUCAACUUCUACAGACGAUUCCCGUUCCGAAUCACUAUUUUCCUGAUCUUCAUGCUUCCAUUAAUCUCAACAUUGAUUAUUUAUGGAUGUAUUCUUGUGAAACUUUUAAAAGCCAAAGUGGAAUUUGAAUCUUACUGUACUGAUCGCAAAAUUGAUAUCAGUCAGAACAGUCAGAAUAGUCAAAAUGGCCAAAAUGGAAGCAAAAAUAGUAAGACACCAGCAAGCCGAAGCUACAGUACCCGAUCUACUAAUGUAUAUUCAAAGUUGAAAUUAGUUUGGACAACUCUUCUGAUUGUGUCUACAUUCUCAUUGUCAUGGGGACUUUGUGUUCUUUAUUUUGUGAUUGUUUGUGAAGAAGGAUGUAUGCUGAUCUACAAUGAAAAUAUUGGACUUUAUCUUUCCCUAUUUCUAAGUUCAUCUGUCAAUAUUUUAGUAAUGCUCAAACUUGCAUCAAAUCCGUUUAUCUACACACUUCGUAUCAAAGCAAUUCGAUCAUCAGUCGAUCAGUUCAUCAAUAAAAUUCGUCGAAGACCGAUCGAUCCAAAGAGUUUUUAUGUUCACAGUUUAGUUCCGACGACAACAAUGGAACCAACUGCAAUUUGAAACAAACUUGUUAUAAUUACUUAGACUUCGUGUAUUAUGUGAUCUCUAUUUGGGUAUCCCGUGCAAACUGAUGCACUCCUGUGAAUAAAUUGUUU